AAAAAACACAUUACUCUUUGGGGUACAUCUGGUGCCCAAAGGCUUUUGUCAUGGUUUUCCGUUGAAGUCUGUGGCAGCCAAGCCCUUUCCUGGCACUCGGAAGUCCGUCGACGGCUAUUGUUAGCAAACAUUAGGAGAAGGCCCGCCGGAUCAAUCGAACCAGGAAACGCCGUUGCUGGGUUCGGGGAUCGGGCCGCCUGUUGUGAAUUUCACCUCUUUGUGCUUGUUGUUUGAGAUUUAGCGACUUGUUGAAAAGGUACCGAAAGAUUCAACGGGACGGGAGACGUGCACUUAAAUGUCGCUCCGAAACGAAAUACAAACUUUUUGAGCGUCCAGUCAUUGCUACUGUGCAGUACUGUGCCGUGUCUGGAUUUCUACAGCAGAUCUCCAUUGAGCCGCCAGGGGGGGCCACCGUGCCGGGAAUGCGCCCACUCGAUGGGUUAGCAUCUCCACGGACGCCCCAAAUGAGCUCGGGACUCGCUGACGGCUCGGCAAUGGCGACCGACGAGGCUAAUCCGACAAAUGGCUCCAAUAGAGAUCAGUGAGGCGUUUCAAACGGACCGCAGGAAGAUUUUCGGGAAGCGUCGGCGAAGGGAGACUCGCGCGGAAUGUGGCCGUGACUUUGUUGUCGUCUCCUUCACAGUCCAAACUGCUGUCCGUCCGUCCGUCCGUCUUCCUUUCUGCCUGCCAGUCACUCAACUCGCUCGAUCGCAAACUUGUGGAGCAUUUUCAAGCAGCUGCAGAAACUGGAUGUUUCCACUGGAGAGGAGUUUGCCGUUUCCCCGCUAAACGCGAGGCCUCCCCGAUCUCGCUCACCCGUUGGGCCUUCGGCGGCACGAAUUUCCCGGGCGUGUCCUCGCCAUGGCGACCAACAGGGACCAGCAGGUGGGCCACAUGACCGGCUUCCCGCCCGCCGUGUACCCCUUCGCCUUCAACUCCAUGAGAAGCCACUCUCCCUUUGACCUGCUGGCCAGCAGCAGCCUUUUUGGGAGAUUCGGUGCUGACCUGCCCAAAGAGAUGGCGGCGCUCUCCGUGGAGACGCAGAGCAGCAGCUCCGAGGAGAUGCUGCCCGGUUCUCCGUCUCCGCCUCCCCCGCCUCGUGUCUACAAGCCCUGCUUUGUGUGCCAGGACAAGUCCUCGGGGUACCACUACGGGGUCAGCUCCUGUGAGGGGUGCAAGGGUUUCUUCCGUCGCAGCAUCCAGAAGAACAUGGUGUACACCUGCCACCGAGACAAGAACUGUCAGAUUAACAAGGUCACCCGCAACCGCUGCCAGUACUGCAGGCUGCAGAAGUGUUUUGAGGUCGGCAUGUCCAAGGAAGCGGUACGCAACGACAGAAACAAGAAGAAGAAGGACGUGAAGGAGGAGGCGGCGCUGCCAGAGAGCUACGAGCUGAGCGGGGAGCUGGAGGAGUUGGUCAACAAAGUCAGCAAAGCUCAUCAGGAAACCUUCCCGUCGCUCUGCCAACUGGGCAAAUACACCACCAACUCCAGCUCGGACCACCGCGUUCAGCUGGAUCUGGGUCUAUGGGACAAGUUCAGCGAGCUGUCCACCAAGUGCAUCAUCAAGAUUGUGGAAUUCGCCAAACGCCUGCCAGGUUUCACCACCCUGACCAUCGCUGACCAGAUCACGCUUCUCAAAUCAGCUUGUCUGGACAUUCUGAUGCUGAGGAUCUGCACACGCUACACUCCAGAACAGGACACAAUGACCUUCUCUGACGGCCUGACUCUGAACCGGACUCAGAUGCACAAUGCCGGUUUUGGACCGCUGACAGAUUUGGUGUUCGCCUUUGCUGGCCAACUUUUACCGCUGGAGAUGGACGACACCGAAACUGGGCUCCUCAGCGCCAUCUGCCUCAUCUGUGGAGAUCGUAUGGAUCUGGAGGAGCCCAAGAAAGUGGACAAACUGCAAGAGCCUCUUCUGGAGGCGCUGAAGAUUUACGCCCGCCGUCGUCGCCCCAACAAGCCCCACAUGUUCCCCCGCAUGCUGAUGAAAAUUACGGACCUCCGGGGCAUCAGCACCAAAGGUGCGGAGAGAGCCAUCACUCUGAAGAUGGAAAUCCCCGGCCCGAUGCCUCCUCUGAUCAGGGAGAUGCUGGAGAACCCGGAGGCUUUCGAGGACCAAACGGAGCGCAACGACAGCCCGCCGCCGGCCCCCGCCCUCGCGCUCAAGCAAGAGGCCGAGGACGAGGACGACAGCUGGGCCACAGAAAACGGCAGCGAGCCGUCGCCGGGGGAGGAGGAGGAGGAGGAAGAGGAGGAAGAGGAGGACGAGGACGACGACGACGAGGACGACGCGGGGAACGAAGAGAGAGACAGCGACGGGGAGCGGCGGGGGGUCGGGGGGCCAUCGAUUUAGACGGCAGCAGGAAAGGCCUCGUCGGGGGUGGCUCAGUGAACAGCCCAUUUCGUACACCGGCGCUGAUUGAUGACACGCACAUAGAUCAAUAACCUCAGCCCAUCUCGCAGCUCGGUAAGAAAGCCCCCCCCCACCCCCACAUCCUGGUGUCCUCCAUCCGCACAGUGCAGCCUUUGGAGUUUAGAAGCAUUCAAGUGUGGUGACAAAAAGAAGGAAGGCACGCUCUGGUGCGUCCACUCUGGUUCUUCCCAUCCGAGGAGGACAAAAAACACAUUUCUACAAACCAAAUCGCAUUCUGUUCAUCUUUUUUUUGUUUGUUUGUUCUUAAUGUGUUUUUCAUUCCUCAACACACACACACACACACACACACACACACACACCGUUCUGGUUUAAUAUGACUUUUCGUUUAUUUUGAAGAGCUUUCCCGCGGAAAGCAGAACGCAGACUAACUGUCGAGCGGGGUUUUGAUUUUGGGGGCAGUGGGAAAGGUGGGGGGGGGGCCUCGCUGCGGGUCAAUCAAGCUCUUGUCACCUUCCUAUGAAUAAUCGCAUCUGAGAAGCUGGCAGCAAACUCUUUUCAAUUCAAAGUUUGCAAAAGUUCAGACUUUGGCUGAAGGAUUUCCACUCGCGGCGGGUCUUCCGACCGCAUUCGUUCGGAUGUCUCGGACUCACACUCCAUCGUGCGUACGUGUAGCCAUUUUGUACGAGACGAAUGCGUGGGCGUGUUCAGCCGGCAAUUCCAAUCAAGCUCGGAGCUCUUUCCGGUCACGUCGACGGAAAUAUUGAAAGACGCCGAGGGAGAAACAAGACCAAGAGCGACGGAACACGCGCGAGCAGGACAAUUCUCACGGAAGAAGAAGACUCAGGGCUUUUCGAAGAGGACCAAACACUAGCUGCUUGCUCGUAGGCAGGCACUAGAAAACGGCAAUAUUUAUGUGUAUUCCUAGCUGUGUACCAGGAAGUCUGAGCGUGUACUUGCCGGCGUCCGUGCAACACGCUGCCUUCUCGUCCCUAAAAGCCAUCAUCGUCAUCGUCAUCAUCAUCGGCGCUUCUCCUUUAAGUCUGCAGGAAAGUGAUUGUUUAUCAUUUGUAUUGUUGCCAAAAUCACUCAUCUGGCCAGCAGGCGUGGGAAAGGCAGCAGAAAUCUGCAAUUGGACUUUUCUUCUCUUUCAAGCAAUACAAAGUGACGCCACGAGAGGGCCCAAAGUCGGUCAUUUUUUUCACUUGUGUGGAUGUGUACGCACAGUUUAGCCAAAAUGAUUCACGCAAAUGAGUAUUUUUGGAAUGUGUAUAUCUAGCAGGAAAUGACUUAAGAAUGUGUUGAUUUCUUUGUUCCUAUUUCUCUUUCCGGGCGUGCCAACUGUACUCAAACUUGUUUCUUUCCCACCCAAGAAGACAUUUGAAGAUGCAGACUUUAAUAAGAGUCGAAAGCGUUUGAACGCCAGCACUCCACUCACAAAAUGUUUGGAUUCGCCCAAGUGAAAACAAACAAAGGUCGUGAGCUGGAAAGUGAAAUGCCGGCCAAUGAUUGGCGUGCGGUGCGUUUGAGUUUUGACGUUUUUUUUUGUUUUUUUACCAUCACCCGAUCAGUUAUCCGUAUCCUUUACAACAGAGCAAAAUCCGAUUGACCCAAUGAAAGUCGACUCCGAACGGAUCCUGGCUCUGAACGACUUUGGGCUAACUGUGCGUCUUUUUUUAUUUUUAUUUUUUUUAAUUUUGAUUUGUAUUUUAUUUUUUCCAGCCAUAGGAAAGUCCGCCGUUACGCCGCCGUCGCGCACUCGGGAGUGUUUUGGUGUGAUGGCUCUCGGCUGGCCUGUUUGCGUCUCCAUGGAGACGGACGACUUGAGGUGAUGCUCUUUUUUUCUGUGUUGCGUAGCCCUCGUUUAUGUCAACUCUUGUUAUACAAUACAAAGAAAAGCCAUAUAAACAGUAAGAGGCACAAUAAAGUACUUUUUUUGUGAGA